AUGUUUUUUACUGAUGAAUUAUCAGAAGCUUUUAAAAUAUUAUCAAAUGAUGAAUUUGAAGAGUUAUUCAAUAAUUUGGAAAAUGGAAUUAAUACAACUUGUAAAUAUUUUGAAAAAUGGUUGGAUACAUGGUUUCAUUUAUCCUUAGAAAUUUGCCAUUUAGACUUAAAAUUGAGAUUUGCAAAGGACUUAGAAAAUGAUAUUAAUAGUGAAAACAGCAAUACUUUUGGUUUACAAGAAAUAUUAUUAAAUGAUAAAGAAUUUGAUAAAGAAUUUGAGGAAUUUUGCAAUGCUGUUAAUCUUACAUUAUAUGAAUUUCCUUUGCUUUAUAAUUUUGUCAAAACACAUAUAUAUUUUAUUAUUAUUCACCAACAACAGAUUGAAAAAGAUAAUCUGAAAGUAAAUCUUGAAGAAGUAUAUGCUCAAAAAAGAAAACAAAGAAAUAUUCCACUUCAAGAAAAGCAACCAUUUGGAGAAAAAUAA